GUCAAGGUUGAUACCAAGGAUCUUGGCCGCACCACGCCCAGCUGCUGCCAUGUUGGCGAAGGUGAUGUGUUCUUGGACUUUGGUGGUUGGAUGCUUGUUUGUGACAAGAAGUCAGGAACAAGAAAGCACGUCGACAAGUGCCACGAUGCUUGCCCAGAUGAUAGGCACACGACAGGACAAAUGAUAUCGAUAGUGAACCAACCCGGGGUGCUGUAUCUUGAACCUGGGUUGAGACGAGGGUAUGUACAACUUAUCAAGUCAAAUGGGAAAAUGGCCCCCGUGGAGAUAUGGCGACAGAUCCUUCAAUUGUAUGUCAACAGCAGGCGCUGCAGGGUUCCAGAUCGAGGUCGGAGAGACAGCCGCAUACGCUAUGGCUCGGUGCAAUCCCAAGAAUCCGGCGCUCAUCAACACGGCACGCUCUGCUUGGCGUGGGCAAACUGUGCAAGCAAAGGAUUCCGUUCAAUCACAUCACAGAGUCGACAUUGCUGAAAUGCGCCCGAGCAUGGCGUGCUGGUAUUGGCAUUCGGAAGACAAGAAGUUUGGCAGGCUGGGCUGAGAGAAGCACUGAGCUUGUGGGGCUGGGCUGGGAGGAGCAGAGAGAAAUGGCGUUUGGGGGCGCCGGCAGAUUACGUGGGAGGUUCGAGGUAGGGCCGGCUCCGUUUGCAUUUGUAGCACAUUGUGCUUCGUCCUUUCUGAUACCGCGCAUCAAAGACGGAGCCCUGCCUGGCAAACUGCACUUUUUGUUACUUUGAUUUUGAGCAAAAUGCGCUGGGGGUUGAUACGCGUUGAAAUGGCAAAGGGGAGCACGGCACUACCGAUACGUAUCCACACUGCUCGCUGUCAGCCAGUACAAGAGGGCGAAGUGGAGUCUGGUGCGAAGUUGGUUGCGCAAUUGUGCCAUGCAAUUGCG